CAUAAUCGAAGUGAGUUGGUUGACUCGGGUUUGGUUAAUGUUAUUUCAUUUUAGCGUAAAUCUGAACUUAUCGUACGGAUCGUAUUGAUUACAAAAUGUACACGGUUUCCAAGGGUCCUAGUAAGUUAGUUGCGAAAACCCGACGAGGAAUUCCACAAAAUUAUGAAAAAUAUGAACUUUUGCGAGAUUUAGGCCGGAAGACAAAUGGUGAAAGUGAACUCAGUGUGCCACGGCCUGUCUUUCAAUUAUCGAAGAAAUCGGCAGCAGCUCAGUAUCUCAGGACACAGCAGCGACAGCAGGAGCAAUUUGAGCAGGAGAAACUGAGCCCACAGCACGAAGAGCUGAUCAAAUAUAUAAAUGAUUCUUGGAAUAUGGUAGUAGCAUCAAAUCCUUACGAUACGCCCGGCUCACCGGACAGUACUGGGUCAAACUGCUCAUUAUCAUCCAACAGCAGUACAUCGUCCUCCUCGAGUACAUCGACAGUAUAUUACAAUGAACCUCCAAGCCCGCUGUUGGUAGAUUUCAAACCUUUUGACCUCGAGAAUUGGUGGGGGAAAAGAAUAUUCAAUAACAUCACGAAAAGUCUGUGAAACCCUUCUUUUAGUCAUUUGAUCAUGUAGUGUAAGCGAUUGAAAGAGUAGUAAAAGUAAAACUGAACGCUAGCGUGCUGUGACGAGCGAUGUUUCUUUCAAGGACCGUUAUCUGUAAAAGGUUUGAUCUUGAAGGGUUCACUCAAUAGAAUAUAUGUCUGAUAUGCAUACAUGUGUACGAAAGAUUGGACGCAAGCAAUGUUGGUCAUAAUAAUACCAAGUAGAAAACAGGUAGAAAUGCUGGAAACAUUUGCCUUCUCUUCUGUAAAUUUGAUUGAUCAAUUUUCGCGAUGUUUGUUUGCCUAGUGCCUUUGUCAUAUUAUCUACAGUCUACAUCACUGUUCUGAAGAAAGGGAUUUUACGUCCUUUUCCAUCCACUGUGUUAUGUAUCAUGAUCGUGGAUAUUUGUGUAUGUAGUGCCAUGCGCCGGACCUCUUAUUCAGACUCGGGUAUCAAAAUUAUCCCCACUUUACCGUCAACAAUUGCUCGUUGCACUCCAAUUUCUCAAUCGUUAAAACCAUUUUGUUGCUCCUGGCAAAGAGCUUCCUUCAGUUGUUUUCAUUAGGAAUGGAGAAUGUUGCUGCAAGAUUCAGGCAAAAUAAGGUUGAAACGAACUGAAAGAGAAGAUAUGGAGUUUCUCUUCUUUACGCGAUGUGAUAGCUGGCAACUAACGGUAGUUUUAUUAGUAAUCACUAGAUGUCAUCCAAUGAAGAAACAACAGGACAUACCAAGGCGCCACACCGAAACCUACAAAGACACAAAAUGGUUCAAAUCCGUUUGCGUAUUUCUAUAUAUAAUGUAUGGCAUAACGGGAGGAGAUUUAAAAUCAGAAUUGUUAUGUUAAUCGAUUAGUUUUCAAUUCAAACAGGGUUGGUAGUUUAUCAAGUGAUUAACUGACUUACAAAAAAGGCAAACAAAUAUGAACCAUUAAAAACGAAACUGAAGCUAAUCAUUUUAUACAUUAGUGCAAUUAAUGAUAUUGAUCAGCAUAAACGAAAGAAAUCAAAACAAUUGUUAGGUUUGUGGUAAGUGGUGCGAUAAUUUUAUUCUCCUUUGAUGUGCGUGAAUAGCUCUUCCAUUAGCUCCAGCAGAUGAGCUUUGUAUGUUCGGUCAGCCUGAAAAGCUUCAACACAAAUCGAUAUUUUUGGUUCCGGCAUAAAACCGGCGGUUAGCUCUGAAUGAUUGAAAACCUUUUCCAAGAAUUCUUGUGGUAGUGUUACUUCUCCGCUGAUCAUAACAGAAUGUAUAAGUCCGGCUAGUUUGUAAUGCUUGCAGCAUUCGAAGAAAUCGUUCAGAGAAUAAAUUUUAUGAACAUCGACAUUGUUCAGUUCCAAUACUUUAGCAAAACUACUGUAAUAAGAGGCUAACAACGUUUUUUCGUGUUUUUUGCGAUAAACUGCACUUGUUGUUAGAUAAAGAAGCAAAUUUAUAUCAUAUCCAAGUGGCACGUAACGAGACAUCUGGAAGUCCACUAGAACGCAGUCGUUGGAAUCUCCUUGGGCAUUAGUCUUGAACAUUAAGUUGUUGCACCAAAGGUCGCCGUGGUUUAGGCAGUUUCUGAACCGUUUGCAUGGUACAACGUACUGAUAGAUGGUUCGGAUCAGGGUUGGCAAUUUGGUUAUGAUCGCUUCUUUCCGCUCUGCCGACCAUCGUUUCUCCAGUUUAACUAGGUUUAUAUAGAGUUUAAUAACGUUGUCAACAUCUUUGGUUCGCGUGCUUGUCGUGCUGUUGAUCCAUGCAUUUUCUUUUAGAAUAGUGGGAAAUAACUCAACAAGCGAUUUUCCGCGUUUUUCUUCGAGAACUAUCGAACUUGCAUGUAAGCAAGCUAGCGUUUGUAGUGCUUGCCGCAAGGAACAAUCAUCCAAAAGGCCACUUUCGCCUUUUAUCACCCCGUAUCCGUCGUUUUUCAGGUUUUGCAUAACAAGCAAUUUGUUGGCACGGGCGAAAUGAACUCUUGGUGCAAUUUUUCGCCAUGGACAAUAUUCUUGCAGCGGUCUAAGGAUGUCCUGAAGUACACUAGUUUCCUUUGGGAAGCUUCCAAUUUCGUCGAGGUAUAGUGCUAACUGAGGAUUGUUGAUGGGUAAA